AUGGCAAUUCCCAUCAUCGAUUUAUCUAAUCUUUUAAACAGUCUUCCAACAUUUGAAGAAACGACAGCUAUAAGGAAAGCUUGCCUGGAUUUCGGAUUCUUCUACGUCGUUAAUCACGGCAUAUCACGAGAUCUUCAAGCAAACGUUUUGGGAAAUUUGUGGAAGUUUUUCAACCUUUCAGCUGAGAAAAAGAGUGAAGUUCAUCGAAAUGACGGUUUUCGCGGAUAUUUUAGGAAAGAGGAGGAGCGAAGCAUAGAAUACAAUUGCACGGAGUGGAAAGAGGGAAUUUAUUAUUUUCGGGAUUUUGACAAUGUACCCAAAGAAAGAAAGGAAAAGGUUUUCUGUGGCUUAAAUCCAUGGCCUAAAGCUGAAUAUGUUCCCGAGUUUCGUGCAGUUAUAGAGGAAUACUUCAGGAAAACACAAGAAUUAGCUUCAAAACUGUUGAGCUGCAUUGCAUUGAGUUUAGGUAAACAACUUUAAUAAUGGUAACAAUCAUUGUCAUCAUCAUCAUAAUCAUAACUAUAACAAAAUUCUCAAAUCUGAUUGGCUAUCAAGUGUCUUGAUUUCGGCACUAAUAGGACAGUGUAGUAGGACAGUACGCAUUGUGUCUAAGUAAUUGGACAGUAUAUGCCGUCAGGCACAAUCUUGAGUGGCUUUUUGUUUCACUGAAAGCAAAAAUUCUCGGAAUUUUUUUGUAAUUUAAUUUUUAAAAAAGCCUAAAAUAUCACAAAUUUUGUUAUAGUUAUGAUUAAUUGGUAACUGAAGUUCAUGUCUUCCAAUUCAGUAUGUAGUCAUACUCGUGAUUAAACAAAUUGGACUUUAAUCAAUUGUACGAUUGCAGACCAAAUUGGACUCCACUCAGUUCUAUUACCAUAAUUAAUAAUGGUAAUAACCACCAGUGACUUUUUGUAACUGCUAAAAACAGGAUAACAUUCACUCCAUGAUCAAGAGACUUAAACUAAAACCAGGUUGUUGAGACAAUGAGCCUUGUUGAGUCAAUGAGCCUGAUUACCCCCCCCCAAAUAUCCUGCCCUGCAUUAAAACCAUGUUUCCACUGACACUGUUGAACAGUUCAUAAUCUGCCUUUAGCUGUAUGCCAAGGUUUGCCCAGUCCCUGUACGGCAUUUACCCAGUUCCUCUCAGUCAAUUGAUUUCGGUGACGUAUCCGAGGUGAAUGCAUGGACCAUGCGUCCCGAAACGCUUUGGCCACAUGGAAUAAUGAGGCCUAGGGACUAGGCAAUGCCGAGAUAGACAGUUACUUUCUAUGGUCUUCUAUGAACACUAGGAAACUAACAGGCGUCAUACAUUUAUAGCAAUACAGUUCAGUAUUUUCCUGCAGGCUAUCAUUUUAUUAUUUGUUAUUGUCAUUUCUCUUGAUUAUUUAUGGAUAGUGUUAGGAUAAAAUUGAUGUUGAUUACUCUCAGGACUUAAAAGGUUAAUUCAACUGACUGAAAAUUAAGUUCACUUUUCCCAGUCUAGUAGCCUCAGUAAGUCUGAAACUUUUCUAGUCACAUCUAAUGAAAAUCAGGCCUGUAUUUAGCAGAAACUAUAUUUCAAAUGCGGACACUUAAGGGCUCUUUGAGUAUGCCCUUAUUAACCCUCGGACGUUCAUGGGGGGUGGGUUAUGAGAUAUGACGGCAUAAGUAGCAGGUGGUCAAGCCAAUUUUGGGUGAAAUUACAUGUUUCUUCAACUUCUUUCAACAAUAAAAGUAAAUCUUGUGGUUAAAAUCAUGCAAAGUGUUUAUUUAUGUAUUAUUUUUCAUGUAAAGCACAAAAAAUUACCACUUCUUGCGGUUUUAACCUGAUUUCCAAUUCUUGGUAAAAUCCAAGAUGGCGACCAACAUGGUGACCAUUGUUGGUGACGUCACAGACCUCCCACAGUACCAACAUCCAUAAAAUAUACCUCAUCUUGUUAAGAAGAGCAAAGGCUUUCCACUAAAGGUAAAAUCGUUUCAAAAUACUGCAACAUAUCGAAAACUCCAGAAAAACAGUGAAGGUAUGAAUCUGCUUGAAUGUCCGAGGGUUAAAGGUUUCAAUGGAGUGUAGACGCAAGAUAGCACAUUCUUCUGUAUUCAGAAUUUUGAACACCGACCUUUAUCAUCCCAUUUAAUUUUAGGUCUUAAAAGAGAUUUCUUUACAAAAGAAUUCACUGAUGACCCCUUUGCUCAACUGGCAAUGUUUCACUACCCACCCCACCCUGCUUCAAAAGAUGGCCAUGAGAUAUGGGGAGUGGGAAGACACACUGACUAUGGCACUUUAACCAUCCUUCUCCAAGAUGACGUAGGUGGACUCCAAGUAGAGACUAAAGAUGGCGUGUGGAUUGAAGUACCCCCAGUUCCUGGCUCAUUUGUGGUCAAUUUGGGUGACAUGAUGGAAAUCUGGACUAGUGGUGCACUCAGGGCAGGGCCACAUAGAGCUAAAGUUUCACCAACUGAGCACCGGCUUUCAGUUGCCAUGUUUUAUGACCCAGGCUUUGACUGUGUGAUUUCACCAGUUCCUCUGGACAAGACUCUAAUUCCAGUGGAGAAGACCAUGGCAAAGUUACCAUUGGACUUCCCAAUACGAUAUGGUGAUUAUGUUUUGAGAAAGUAUUGUGGUAUAUUGCCAGAGGAUAAGUCUUGA